CUUGCUUCAUGCGAGAGGCGACAUUACGCUGGACUGAAAUCUUCCCUUUUCUUUCUCUAAAAGCUCUGGUUCGAUUGCUUUGGUCUCUCGAUUCACUAAGGAUCUGUUUGGUUCGUUAAAACUUGUUUACUAAUAUUUUUGCUCCUUUCUCAGUUCCUUCCUUCUAUCUUCUCAUUUGCAGGCAAGUCUUUUCUCAGUUAUGUAAAUGCGGUAUCACUUUUCACCUUUAAUUCCGUUUCUGGUAAUUCAGCUUCAUCUGUAUUUUUCUGAAACCCUAGGUUUCCCUUUAAGUAGAAAAAAUAGUACAUUUAUUGGAUUUUUCUGAUAGUCUUUCUGGCACGCAAGCAAUCUCUGCGGUUUUAACUUCUCGUUAAAGCAAGCGAAAGCUCAGUGCUUUGGUGGGAGAAGUUAUUUUUUGGCCGUCACUGGUGUCACUGCUUGGCGGGAAAAGUUAGAAGUUUGUUGAUCAAAAUGGAUGCAAAUGGUGCAAGUAGUGACAAUGAUAGUAUUGACUGGAAUACGGAUGAUGAGCUUGAGAUCUGUAAUGCAUCUUCUCCUGAUAAUGGAAUAAUGAGUUCUGAGAGUCCAGAAGCUAUUAGCGGCUCUGAGGAGGCAAACUCUUUGACUGCUUCUUCAAGCUCCAGGAUGGUUCAUCACUUUGUGAAUAUGGGAUUUUCUGAAGAUUUGGUGAUUCGUGCAAUUGAGGAAAAUGGCAAAGACGAAGCAUCCAUUCUGGAUUCUCUUCUAACAUACUCUGCUCUUGAAAAUUCAACUGAAGAACAGCCACAUGUUACAAAAUCAUGCCAUUUUAAAUAUGUAAGAAAUUCUGCUGAUGAUCAUCUUGAUGAGGAAUUUUUAUCUAGAAUAGAUGAAAACACAAAAGGUUUGCUAGAAGAGGACGAGAGUCUGUCUCUUCUAGUGGAGAUGGGCUACUCCUUGAAGAAGCCAUACAGUGGUCCUAGUGCACAUGUAGAAGAGUUGUCUGACUACAUAUCUGGUGCUCAAUUAGACAAAGAACUGGAUGCUGAGCUUGAAGAUGAUGUGCUUGAGAUCUCUUCUUCUCGAACAAAGACAAGGACUGAGAAUUUUACAUGCAAAAAUAAGAGGAAGUUGGACCUAAAUGAGAGAUUAAAGGGCCAGGGGUGCAAAGCAAGGAAGAAGAAUCCACAGGAAGGAAAUGAGGAGAUACUUAACCUCCCUAAUCCAAUGAUAGGAUUUGGAAUUCCUGAUGAACCAUGGUGCCUUAUGGAUAGGAGGCUUCCUGUGUUAGCUGCUGGCAAGCCAUAUUUUUAUUAUGAAAAUGUGGCCCUUACUCCUAAGGGGGUGUGGAGUAAAAUAUCUCGGUUUUUGUAUGAGAUUGAGCCAGAGUUUGUUGAUUCUAAAUAUUUCUGUGCUGCUGCAAGAAAAAGAGGUUAUAUUCAUAACCUUCCAAUUCAAGAUCGUUUUCCCCUUUUGCCUAGACCACCAAAAACUAUACACGAGGCCUUACCUUUAAGCAAGAAAUGGUGGCCUUCAUGGGAUACAAGAAGAAAGUUCAAUUGUCUCCUCACUACCUAUGGGAGUGCUAGACUUACAGAUAGGUUAAGGAAGGCACUAGAAGAUUGUGAUGGUGAGCCUACUCCAAGUGUCAAAAAGUAUGUGCUUGAUCAAUGCAAAAGAUGGAAUUUAGUUUGGGUUGGCAAGAACAAACUUGCACCUCUAGAGCCUGAUGAAAUGGAGAUACUGCUAGGAUUUCCAAAGGACCAUACAAGAGGUGGUGGAAUUAGUAGGAGUGAUAGAUACAAGGGACUUGGAAAUUCUUUUCAGGUUGACACAGUUGCAUACCAUCUUUCAGUCCUAAAGGAUCGGUUUCCUAAUGGAAUUAAUGUGCUCUCUCUCUUCUCUGGAAUUGGUGGUGCUGAAGUAGCAUUACACAGACUUGGGAUACCCAUAAAGAAUGUGGUCUCGGUUGAAAUUUCAGAAGUGAACAGAAACAUUGUACGAAGCUGGUGGGAGCAAACACACCAGAAAGGUCAUCUUAUUGAAAUUGAAGAUAUCCGGAAAGUUGAUGGUCGUAGUCUGGAGCGGUGGAUGCACUCAUUUGGUGGGUUUGACCUUGUGAUUGGUGGGAGUCCCUGCAAUAACCUUGCUGGCGGCAACCGAGUAAGCAGAGAAGGGCUUGAGGGUGAACAAUCUUCCUUGUUCUAUGACUAUUUCAGAGUUCUUGAACUUGUUAGGAAUACACGGGGGACUGCUGAGGAUUAAUAGAGAGAAUUGAUCCAUAAAGUUCUUUUUAUACAAACAUGCAGUUACAAUUUAGCUGUAGAAUUUCAAAAAAUUUGAAAUUGUUUUGCUCCAUGCAGAUAUAUACAAACAACUUUUGUAAGUUGGUCGGAUUUAUUGAAAAUUUUAAUUGUGCCAAAAAAUUUGGUUUUUGUCUCAA